AUGUCAGCAGCAAAUUCUGUAUCUUGCUUUGGAGACGAGUUUGGCAUAGUUGAACACCUUCUUCGCAUUCAGCUCAAAGCACCACAGUGUGUUAUCAGCUCAAUGACGCGAUGUUCUCUUGCCACACAAGAAAAUGUUUUUGGAAACUUCGCUAAGAACUUAGAAAAUUCAAAUAUUGUCGAUGUAUUCUUCGAGCUUUCUACUCUUGGCCAGACUGUCAGAGAUAUUACGUUAAAUGGCAUAAAAUUCCCUAAAAACGGACUCAAAAUCACUACAUCAUCAAUAAAAUUACCAGCGAACCAGGAACAAUACACACUCGUUCAUUGCCAAGUUGCUCUCGGCAAAGUUCACAAUUAUAUGAAUCCAGUCAGAAGUCUUGAGGAAUCCAAGUACGAACCAGCAGACACAGUAAACCAGGACAAGCUCCCAGAGGGCUACCAGAGCCUCAGACUUUCAGACAACGACGACUUCGUAGUUUUUAAUUAUCGCCAAGUCAACGCCAUCCACAUUCUUACGAUCAAGGGCGGUGAAAACAUCAAGCAGAAGGAGCUCGAUGGCUUCGUGUGUGAUUCUUGCCACAAGGAAAUGGCUCUUUUCUUCUGCGUAAAUGAUGAAAUGAAACUUUGCCCGAAGUGCGAUGCAAAGGUCCACAACGCUUCAGACGUUCUCAAGAAACACGAGCGCAAGCCACUCGGAGAAGCCCUGCCAAGCUAUCAGCAGUGUCCGGAACAUCCAGAUCAAAAAGUACAGUAUUACUGUGAAAAAUGCGCUCUUCCAGUCUGCAUGGAGUGCAAGGUGAGCGGAAACCACUCAAAAGGACCAGCUGUGAAACAUAAACUUAUUCCAAUCGCAGAAGCUUACAAGAAGUACAGCGAAUUAGUCCAGACACCAUCGCAGAUACGUGCAGCACGUGAAAAAGCUCUUACAAAGGCUAUUCUCGAUGCCGAGCAAAAUGUUCUUGAUAUCAAGGAUAACCUUGCAAAAGUCAUCGACGAAAUCAAUCGCAUUGCUGCAGCAGCUAUCGCCGAAGCUAAGCAAGAAGCUGGAGAGCGUAUUGUCGAAACAAAAUCCGCAAUUUCCGAAUUACAACGCAAAUACAAUCAAUUCAAAGCAGAACGUUCUCUUCUUCUUGAAUAUUACUCCAAUGGACAGCCAGUACCUUUCUUACAAGCCUAUCAUCGCAACGAAGUCCUUGAUAAAGAUAUCGAAACAUCCAUCGACUUACAGAAGACAAAUGCACGCGCAGACUUAGCUGUAUUUGGCACUCUCUCCAUCCGCGAGGUCGAGAACAAGACAGAUGUCAAGGAAGGGUCAUUAAACUUAUCUACCGAGCAUUACCCUAAGUACACCACUCUAGAGAAGAUGGCCACACGUAAGGAGGCCAAGUACAAAGAGAUGGGCAAGUCCCUGGACUUCCAGCCGUUCCAAGGUUCCAAGAUUUUGACAGAUGAAGAGACAGCAAAGAGGCUUUACUACUGCUUCCCAUUCAAGGCGAUGCCGGAGACACAUCUUAUGUUCUCUACAGCAAACGAUGGCCGUUUUAUCAAAGAAAUGCACAGAUUGGUCGAUGGAAAAGGAAUUUCGGUUAUUAUCGUCAAAGCAAACGAUAGAAUUUUCGGUGGCUUUGCAGCAUCGAAGUGGACAAACGAUGGCCGUAGUUUUGGCGAAGGAACUUCUUCAUUCCUUUUCUCAAUCGAUAAUAACGCGUUCAUACAGGCACAUCCUCAAUCAGAGGACCCUGUAUACAUGGUAGGAACUCCUGAGACUUUCUCUUUUGGUAGAGAUGACUUAGUUCUCGCUGGAGAUUUCGAUAGAUGCGCUUCGACCAUUGAAAACACAUUUGGAAUUGGCCUGAGGUUUGGAUCUGAACAGGCACAGACAUUCCUCGCUGGAACAAGCAGAUUCAAAGCUGAUGAAGUUGAAGUUUGGGGAUUCUUCUCUUCUCAGUGA